GGUAUAGAAUUCUGUUCAAUUAAAUAAACUAUGACUUAAGACUUAAGUCAUAGUUUAUUCGCUAGUUUAAAGUUUUAUUUUUAAGUUAUAUAAAUGGCAAACCUAUGAAAAAUGUGUUUGACUACAAAUGUUAAAUUUAUUAUUUAUCAACUUCAGAACAAAAGCAUGAUUGUAAAUACUCUCUAUUACAGCAUUUUUUAUUUCAUAUUACUGUAUAUGAUACCUAUGAUAAAUGCUCUAAAGCCACAUGAAUUUCGAUGUCGACUUUUUAAAUUGCAACAACUUUUAAAUAGCGUUAAUGAUGUACAACAUUUUUUGAUAGAAGUUAUUGAAAUUUCAUUAGAAAAUUCAAAAAACUCAGAUCAAACAUUAGACAUGGAAGAAUUCCAAAUAGAUAUUAUGAAUGACAUUCAACAGAAAGUUUUUAAUAGUCUAGUUGAUAGUAAAAGUAAAAUGAUCAAGUAUGAGCAAUUAGUAAACACAGUGCUUUAUAAGAAUGGCCAUAAUUUCGAAGAAAACCCACAGGAAUUAAUUAACUGUCUUAGGGCAUGCGAUGGCAAUAAGGAUAGCUAUAUAAACUACGACGAUUUCAGCGAAUUUAUAGCAAAUUGGAGUCCUGUGAUGGUCAAUAAUGUUAUGCAGUCAAACAUUAUUGCAUUAACAUCACGUGAUGUUGAAACUGCUGUGUUGAACUUAAAAUAUUUUCUAGAUGUCACUGUAAACGAACAAGCUGAUUUAGCUUCAAGUAUGAAAAUAUUUCUGACAACUAUGUUUCUAAAAAAUUCUAUAGGUGAACUAGAUAACCAAGUACAAGUAAGUGAUUAUAUUGUAGAAAAACUAAAUAAUUUUAAGAAAACUGUGUUCAUGAAAUAUUUGGCUGACAAAAAAAGUAAAAAUAUCAAUGUUCAAGAUCUUAUAACAAUAGUAAAUAAGAACAAUAGUUUGCAUGAAUGUAAUAAACGAAUAUUCAGUGAGUUUAUAGAAAAACAAGAUAAAAAUGAAGACGGAUAUAUUGAUUUCAAUGAGUUUUGUUCUAUUAUUUCUAAUUGGUCAACAUGUCAUUUAACCUCGGGAAACCAUAGUAAAAAUCCUUCAUUUGAUACAAUGUUUUCAUAUGAAGUUACGAAAUUAUCAUCAGAAACAAGUCUUCCAAGGAAUUACUCCUUUGAUAAAUGUAAGAAGUCUGUACAAUAUCCUAAUAGUCCUUAAGAGUGACUAUUAUGAAAAUAAUUAUGUUGUACAUUAAACUAUUGAAUUAAUUUUAAAAUCAACACUAUCCUAAAUAUAUGUAUUAAAAUUUUAAUAUUGCUCCUACCACUUAGUUCUUCUUCAAUUUUAUAAAACAAAUAAAAAUUUCAGCAUUAUUGUAAGACAUAUUUGAUGUUAAUACAUUUUUUGAAUACCAAAAGUAAUAAAAAAAAUGUGUUCAAUUUUAUUAUUUUAAAAAAGAAAAAGUAUUUUAUUGUAGAAAAUUAAAAUCA